UCCAUGAUCAGCACAACUGCCAAACACCACGCCUUGAAAGGGCACCGAAAAGGAGCUAGUGCCCUCCGGCAACGAGAGCGCACGCCUGGGUUGGCCCACAGAGGACGACAAGGGAAGGAAGAAGAGGGCCAUGCGGGGGGGCAGGAGGAAGAGGAGGAAAGGCGGUCACAACAUAAUGCACUGCGACGGCUAGCAUCUCCGAGCGGCGCUACGCCUAUUUCCCGAAGCAACAUUCUAUAUCGGGCCUGCUCCGAGCCAUCGGUACCAACAACUACAGCAUUACUGACCUCGGGGCGGGGACCGCCGUCAUCGAGGAUGUGCUCACGCCGAUUGAGGCCAGCACGAGACUGUAGAUCCGCACGAUCAUGAAGCUCAUCCUCCACAAGGUGGAAAGGCACAACACGGGACGACCCAAAGAGGCAAUCCAAAGACGAAGCGACAAUCUCGAUAGGCCUCUGCAGGAUAGCACCCGUUUCGGGAAGAUGAACAGCACACGCGGUGGGUACGUGGGGGCCCGCAUGAGAAGGAGCGGCAAGAAUAUUCGCCCGUACAUAAGAAUGGUACACGAGCAAGAAAAUCAUCAUUACCAGGAAGGUCGGAAAUAUCCGCACGAGCGCCAUAUACGGGAGGAUCAGGAGGACCCGCACGAGCAAGAAUCGCAUCAUGUGGGCAACAUGCUCCAGACAAAACAAGAAAUCGACAUUCCUAACACCACCAAAACAUUCAUCAAGGCCAGCAACAACUCUAGGAACCUGCUCAGGAUGAACCCCAGCACGACCACGAGGAACAUCCGCACAAACCCAUGAAGAUCAGCAGACCCUCAACAAGAACAACGUCAAGCCUGAGACGAGGAUCCGAAACCCGACACCCGGAAUCAGCAGCGCGCGCGGAAGGAACAGAAAGACCCACACGAAUAUAAGGAUCAAGGCGAACCGCCCGUACAUGAAGAUCCGUCUCACAAUCCGCAUGCUCAGGAAAGUCAGCGCGUGCAAACAGAUCACCACCACAUGCAAGAAGAUCGGACGUAUCCGCACGGUCACCACGCGCGGUAUGUACAGGAAGGUUCGCACGAGCAGAAGUACCAGCAUCACGAUCCAAAGGCUCCUUGAACAUAUUCACCAUCUGGUUCAACAUGCUCCGCAAACAGCGUGAAGAUCAAGAUUCCAAGCACCACCGCGACAGUCGUCAGGGCCCACAGCAACUCCAGGAACAUGGUCAAUACGAACACCUGCAAUGCAUGAUCACCAGAGAAAUCCGCACCAAACUCAGGAAGAACAGCACGACCCUCAGGAAGAGCCACACCAGGCCUAUGAGGAUAAUCCGCAGCCCGACACCAAGGAGGUAACUCAACACCUCGAAGACCAACACACCCUUGCACACGAAUAUCCGCACGCGCUGGAAGAUCGGCCACAAGGACCCUACGUACAGACAUAUCCGCACACACAAGAAGAUCAACAUCAGGAUCCGCAGGCCCGUGCCAAUCCCGAAACUUUGGGGUAGCAAGAACAUGUGGCAAUCCGUGCGUUCCUGGCCGCUUGGAGGCCCCCGCCACCGCCGCCACCCUCCACGGGUCAGAACUGCCAUGCCCAUGCCAAGGGCCAGGCGAAGAAGGAGCCUCACGAUGCCGACGCACAUGACGGAGCCCGCGAUCGUGACGAUCACCGCCAUCAUCAGCGUCAACAUCAUCGUCAGGAUCCUCAUCACGUGGGCUUCCAAGCUCGCUCCAACAACGAUCAGGAGGAAGAAGCAGAACAGCCUGCACGGGGCGCAAGACGAUGCUGAUCUUGGUCUCGCCAACGCUCCUCUGAUGACCGUGGUCCACGGAGACAAGAUUGGGCAAAUGCUGUACAACAGACUGCAGCCAGAGGAUGGUGAAGCAGUUCCGCAUGGCCGCGUUGAACACAGACAGCAACACAAUGUGCAGAAGAGCUCAGUCAAGAUGUGUCGCCAUGCGAACCCGAGCCUGGCGCCCAGCGGCAAGUUGGGCAACCACCCGCUCCAGCCUGGAACCAACGGCCAUAGCGCAGCAGGGCGCACUGAAGAGCAGAGGACCACACGUGUGGUCCAAUGGCCAGCGACCCGAGCA